AUGUCUGGCUUCGACAUUAAGUCGGCGGAUCCGGGCCAGUAUCCGCCACCCUGUGAGGAUGAGGAAUCUCUUGCCCUGCAACGUGAUUGGUCUCCGGAGGAGGAGACCAAAGCAAAGCGGAAACUGGACUUCAUAAUUAUGCCAUUGUUGACCCUCGGCUUCUUCUGUCUGCAGCUGGACCGUGGUAAUAUUGCCAACGCCAUCACCGACCGCUUCAUGCAAGAUGUUGGAGUGACACAGAACGAGUUCAACGUCGGGCAGCAGAUGCUAUCGCUGGGCAUCGUGCUGUUCGAGAUUCCGUCCAACAUGAUCCUGUAUCGUGUUGGACCUGGCAAGUGGCUUACGCUCCAGCUCUUUUUGUUUGGAACCGUCAGCACCUUCCAGGCUUUCCAGAACAGCUAUGGAUCCUUCAUCGCAACACGAUUCCUGCUCGGAAUUACGGAAUCAGGCUUUAUCCCCGGCGGACUCUGGACUCUCUCUACGUGGUAUACCCGCAAGGAGACGGCAAAGCGCGUCAUGUUCUUCUACUUUGGAAACCAAUUCGGUCAGGCAUCAUCAAAGCUACUGGCGUAUGGCAUCUUGCACAUGCGUGGCGUCGCAGACCGAGCCGGCUGGUUCUGGCUGUUCGUCAUCAUGGGUGGCUUCACAAUUCUGAGCGGCUUCGUCCUCGGCUUCUGCUUGCCCGACUCGUUCCGCAACCCAUCUCCAACUUUCCUUCCAGGUUUCUCAUUCUUCACCAAGCGAGAGUUACAUAUCUUGCAGACACGCGUGCUGUUGGAUGACCCAAUGAAAGGCAAGAAAAAGAAGCAUAUCAAUCUCGGCGCCUUCAGGCGCGCCUUUACCGACUGGCGUUUGUGGUGCCAUGCCUUGAUCACCCUAUCAAAUAAUGGUCCGCAACGCGCCUUCGACACUUACUCGCCCUCUAUCGUCAGUAGCUUUGGCUUCGGUGCCCUAAGAAGCAACGCGAUGGCGUCUGUCGGCCUUUUCCUUCAGAUUCCCGUGUCUUUCGCUUUCAGUUAUGUUUCUGAUCGUUUGUACGCCUCCCUCUUCUUUAUCGCAUCUUCGCUGGUGACGUUCGGCACCUUCUCGCACCCCCUAAACAUCGCUUGGAUGUCACUCACCUGCGAAGACUCCGAAGUGCGAGCCCUAGCCAUGGCAAUGGUCAUCAUGGGCGCCAACAUCGCCGGCAUAUACGGCGCGCAGAUCUUUCGGCAGGACGAUAGCCCGCUGUACCGGCGCGGCUUCGGCAUCAACAUCGCCGUGCUGACGACGGGGCUGGCGCUCGCCAUCGUGCGCUAUAUCGAUGAUAUAAUCCGCCGCCGCCGCCACCGCCGCAACCAAACCAUCCUGCAGGCUGAAUCGGUGAGCGACGGGGGCCAGGCCAAAGAAGUCGAGGGCGUUCUGGCUGGGGCGGAGACGGCGCGGUUUGAGGAGCAUCGCAAACAAUAA